AUAUCUGCAAAAACUGUUCUAAAACCCCUCAGAAAACCUCAUUUUUUGCUCACUAUCAGAUUCUGCAAAAAUGGCUAUUCAUCUUCAAGCUCACUUGCCUUCCAUAAAGAUAACAUCUUUCUCAUCAAUUUUACCUCCCAAUUCUCCAUUUUCAAAUUCCCUUUCGUUUCCUUUAUCUUCCUUAAAAACCCACCAACACAACACCUCUCUGUUCUCCAACACUAACCCAAGAAGACAAAUUUGCAGACCCCCGAAUGGAAAAUAUAUUAGAGAAGACUAUCUUGUGAAAAAGAAAUCAGCAGAGGAAAUACAGGAAUUGGUCAGGGGAGAAAGAAAUGUACCCAUUAUUAUUGAUUUCUAUGCAACUUGGUGUGGACCUUGUAUUUUGAUGGCUCAAGAACUUGAAAUGCUUGCAGUUGAAUAUGAGAGCAAUGCGGUGAUUGUGAAGGUUGAUACUGAUGAUGAAUACGAGUUUGCUCGUGACAUGCAGGUCCGAGGCUUGCCAACAUUGUAUUUCAUCAGUCCGGAUCCAAACAAGGAUGCAAUUCGAACUGAAGGGCUCAUUCCGAUACAGAUGAUGCGCGACAUCCUUGAUAAAGAUAUGUGACGGUGAAGUAAGAGAUUUUUGUUGCCCCAUGAUCAGAUGUGCUAUUUUCCGAUCAAAUUGAGGCUCUUGGUGAUCCAUGUAGAUUUGUUUUUGCCCAAACCUCUGAUUCAUAUAGUUUGUUGUAUAAUUGUUGUAGAUGGAUUCUUUUUAAAAGUUUUCAGUUGUAGUGAGAAAAGUUUAUUCGUAUCGAA